CAUCAUAGUAUAUAAACUUACUGCGCUUUAAACACUGUUCGUUAUUUAAUAACAUUACAAAAUGUCAAUUUUUCUUUUUACAAUUUUUGCAGUAAACGUUUUAAAUUCAGGUGAUAGUGCAGAAGUGUGCUCACAAUUUGAGAGUGACAAACGUUUAAUGGAAUAUAUGAUCGAAACAAGAUAUGAAGUGAAGAAUCUGGCGAAAGAUUUGAGAAGAACAGAGGAGUAUCUAUUAGGCGUCUUGGAAUGGCGCAGAAAAGAAAUGAGGCAAUUUGAAGAAGGAAUGCUGAACAUUUCAGAAAAAGUUAACAAUCUUCAAGAAACGUUUGGUUACAAGACUGUAGCUUUCAGUGCUUAUAAUCCAUUCGACAAGAGUUUACAAACAAACGAAAUUCUUAUUCUUCAGUCGGUGCUCAUUAACGAAGGGCAAGGAUACGAUACUAAAAGUGGAAUAUUUACGGCUCCAACUAAUGGCCUGUAUCACUUCACCGCCCAUGUUUGCAACACACACGCACUUGUCAUUCACUACGCUAUUGUGAAGGAUGGUGAGUGGAUAGCAAGAUCACAACAGUUUGAACAAGCCGAUGAAAAUUCAAACAAAUAUGCCGGCUGUAGUUCUGUUAGCGCCCUUACAAGGAUGGAAACAGGCAAUCAAGUUUGGAUAAUGUGUACUUCCGGAUAUUCUUCAGCAGUUCAGAUUCACGAUGACAACCAUCGUCGAAAUUCGUUUAUUGGUGUUCUUCUUCAUACAUAAUACUUUAACAAUUAAUGAGAUCGUUAAUUGAUAUUUUAGUUUCGUCAUCAUUAUAUCGUUAUCUUGUAAACUUAAAUAUUAUCAUGUUUUAGUAAAUUACUUAAAUUAAACUAAAAGUUAUAUUCAUUCUAAUAUUUUAAUGUGUGUUUCUUGUUUAAAUAAACUGCAUGACUACUGCAAAGACAUUAAUUACUUCAUGCAUCAUGUUACAAUUAAACAAUGAUAUUUUAUUAACGUAUAAAUGCAAUCUCUGAAUUUAAUCAUAUUGAAAUUGUUAAGUUAAAAGUUUACGACAUUUACUAACGUUUCAAGGCGAUGAUUAAGAAAUAACAUCGGCCUGAGAGGUUUAUAUCGGCUAUUUAACACCGGUUUGGAGUUUUGAUGCGUAGGAAUUGACCACGAAGGCCGUAGGCCUGAGUGGUUAAUCUUUUCGCAACAAAACUUUCAGGCCGUUGUUAUUUCGAUUCUUACACGAUAAAAUAAGUAAAAUCACUUAGGUAGCACUCCACACUAAAUUUCAAGUUUCUGCCGUCAAUGUCCUACAAGCAAUAUGUCUAAUAAAUCUGAUCCCAAACUACACAACCUGGAAAAGAAAACACAUUUUGUUAAGAACAUAUAUGUCACAACAUUGCAAAUCUGUAAUGAAAUCAUCCCAUGUGCAACAGUCAGGCAGUUAAAAAAAAUUCACAUUCAUUCCGUAAAAGCCAAAAAUCUAUAGUGGUCCGAGACCCAAAACAACAUUUUUGUCCCUCCAGCAAAAAAUACCUGCAAAUAUACGGACUACAGAAACUCUGUCACUGCUUUAGCCACUCCCUAAGCAUGCAAACUAUCACAAAGAAAUAGGUGCUUGGCCUUGUAGAUUUUUUGCUAUUGCUGAAAGUUUGUACCCCCCUGUAAAAUCACUUGUUUUCACCGAGCAUGCUGUUUAAAAGCAAUGUUUACAAACAAUGGCGGCCUUGACAUCUAUAAUAAACAGCAUGUUAUUUCUAACCAUGUUUUCGAAUUUGCCAAUGAUCAUACUACAUGUAACAAAAACAAAUUUCAUGCUGAAAAUGCAUUUUAAAGACAACCAGUCAUUUAAAUCCACAUUAGUCACUAUAUCCAUGAAAUCCUCCCUGGCCAUUCGAAGCUGUGGCUUCAUUUAGUGUGGUGUGCUGCCUUAUGUUAUUUUUUCAAGCGGAAAUAACUUCCGGUGCCGAUUUUCGUAUAACGCUGUUCGAUUUUCGCACCCUACUAUUGCAAAGAUAUAGAAAUUAUUAAACGAUAUAAAUUAUAAGGAAAAAACGUUAUUUUAUCAAAGUUUCACUAUAAAAACUUACGUCGUAUUGUGUUUACAUCUGUGCUCCAUUUAUCAUUGUUGUAUGUUUGAAAUAACGUCAGCUUGUUUAUGAAUGAGUUGUUUACUUACGAUGACGUCAUGACGCUGCUUACGGAUUGGCGCCGUUUUGUCAAAAUACUUAACUGAUAUGGAUCAAUAUGUGGCGUUAGUGUAUAUGAGAUAUUAUUUCGGUAUUAUAUGGAAAAAAAACAUUAUAAGAACUGAAAAUAUAAAUAAAAAUGCUUUCUAUUGUUGCUUUAAAA